AUGCUCUCCGAAGCAGGCUUGUCAGCAGAGGGCCGCAUGCGUAGGACUGUGCAGCCGGUGGGGGAGGAGGAGUUGUUCCCCUCGCUGCAGUGGGCAGAAGCAGCAGAAGCAGCAGCAGCAAUGCUCUCCGAAGCAGGCUUGUCAGCAGAGGGCCGCAUGCGCAGGACUGUGCAGCCCCCCCUCAGAAGCUGCGGAGACAAAUCCCAUUGGCAGGCAGCAGCUGCUGCUGAUGAGGAUGGGGGGCAGACGUGCAGCACCGCAGCAGCACUGCAGCAGCAGCAGCAGCAGCAGCAGCAAAACGCAGUUGUAGAGGCAGCAGGCGGCCUAGACGACCCUGCUGCUGCUGCUGCUGCAGCAGCAGCAGCAGCAGAUGCUGUCGAAGGCCUUUCGCAGACUUCUUCUACUGAAGGGGAGCAGAGGCAGCAGCAGCAGCAGAAACAGCAGCAGCAGCAGCAGCAGCAGCAGCUGCCGCAGCGGGAGAGAAUUCUUUCGAUUGCUCGCCGCGGGGUCUCAUCGCAGCACCCAAACAGCAGCAGCAGCAGCAGCAACAGAACUGCUGCUGCUGCUGCUGCUGCUGGUGGGGGUCAUCCCCUGCGUAUACGCUUCAGCCCCUCAGAAGCUGCGGAGACAGCCGCACUCCUUACUUGGAGAAAUGUAAUUUUAUCGGAGAAGCCGAUUGCUGCUUCAGGGUCGGGGGAGGGGCUGAGAGGGGGAGGAGGAGAGAAGCAGAUGCUAGACCUCCCCCCCAAGGACCGCACAUAA